UUAAAGUAGUUCGGUCCAAAAUGAAACUUUUUAUUUAAAAUGAGCUCAAGAAUUUUAUUUUACCCCUAACUGUUGCGUGCACGAAGGGUUGUCGCGCAGUUAUAUUAUAACUUACAAGUCAUUCGCUACAGAAUGCAAUAGAAUGAUGCAAAAAAGUGCAUGGGAGUGCGCGAAAGUGAAAGUGUUCGUGCAUGUUCUUGAAUUUGUUGCCAUAUAUAUCGGGGCACGGCCCUUAAACCUGUUUUUGUACCAAUAAAUUAUCGGAAUGCGAUACACUUACCAGAAUCUUCUGUCUUCACAUCGGCGAAACUGAGUUCACGAAUUCUUUUCGUUGUAUUCACGGAUUUCUCUUUCGAGACAAGUGUUGAGUUGCAGUCGCUUUCUAACAAGUGCCCUUUAGCAUUUGACAUUUUCUCUCCAAUGGAUUCUGCCCAGAAAUCGCUUCCACCAUGAACACAGCGGAGGCACAGGAUGUCCAAGAUUACAAAGUAUCCAGGACGGUGGUUACCGGACCUAGUCUGGUAGAUUGUUGUUCUCCAGAGGCUGUGUGGUGGCAGCUGUCCCGUAGACAUCCAGCGACACACCAGCGGAUUUCUCGUAAGUCCCAUAGUUUCAGCUCUUUUCCUUUGCGAAUCUUGUCGGUGAAUGCUCCUACCAUGCCUCAGUAUUCUUGUUCUGGCUGCGGUAAACUGUUGCAGGCCUGGGGAUCCCACAGACCCGUUUGCCCCAAAACCCUGUCGCGGGACCUGAAGCUUAUCUCGGUCGUUCCCUCCGGUGCGGUUACAUCCACCUCCACGUCCAGUAGGUCUGGAGGUGCCGCUCCUGCCCCACCUAUAGCCGCAUCUUUUCACCCGUGUAAAGAACGAAUACUACGUCGCAUUCCUCACGGUGCAAGACCCGCAGUAAGAUCCUCUCUACAGAAAGUUCUCCAGCAGGUCGCCACCAAAAACGACAGCCAAUCUUGGUUUAAACUGCUGUCGUUCUGUCCGAAUGCCCUCCGCCUGCCAGAAAAAGUGAUAUCCGAGCGCUCAGCUUCACUUGCAACUGCAGUGAAGAGAAACCUUGCUUUGUAUGAACAAGGUACAGAUCUACCCCCAAGCUCUCCGCCCCCUAGUCGGAAACAACGCUGCAGCGAAGAGGAUCUUGUUCGGCAAGUUGGCCAGAAAAUCGAUGAUGGAUCCAUCUCCGGCGCUAUGAGAGUUUUAUUGUCCACAGAUUCAGUGGCCGCCUGCACACCCGAAGUUCUCCAAAGUUUGCGCGAGAAACAUCCUUUAUGCCCCCCUCCAACUACGGCUCGCCACGCCACUUCUGCUGUCGCUGCGCCUACGCAACACUGGAAGCAUCCACAUCUGCUGUAUCAAAUUAAUGAGUCACUGCGCUCCUGUUUCCAAGAACUCAGUAACGUGCGGGUGAACCACGACGACUACCCAUGUUGGAGACAAGCAACUCUGCCAGUCAGUCGAGGAGGCAUUGGUAUUAUCGUCAAUACUUCAUCACCUACCGGCAGUGGACGCUUCCGAAGCAAUUGA